AUGGGGAAAACGCACACAGCGACAAAUGGGACGACGUCCGAGCAAGUCCUGCCGGCUGUUCUGUCAAAGCCAUGGGAAUUCCUUCGCCCAACCGAUCAGCUGCAAACCCAGAUUGCGGAUUCCGCAAAGCAGAUUCUGGACCCGCUGGCCGUCUCUGUUGUUGACAGCCAGACUCUCCGUCGUCAAGUGAACAAGAAGCGCAAGCGUACCGAGACCGAGCUCGACGAUGCCCCUCCCCUGCAAUUGAAGAGCCUGUACGUGGACGGCUUCACCUCGAAUCAAAUAUGGGAACAAGCCAUCCGCAUCCUAGAGUCUGCUGGCCGGGAAGUUGAACGGGAUAUCAUGCUGCUGGAUCAAGUCGAUGAAGAUGAGUCUUCCGAUGAGGAAGGUCAGGGGGAGGCUCUCGACGGAUCCGAUCCUGAAGGGUCGGCUUCUGAAAGUGACGAGGGGGAGAGUCUGUCCGAUGAUUUCUCCGAGAAUGGUGACCUGGACAUGCACGAGGAGGAUAUGGGAGAGGUCUCUGGAGAGGAAGAGGAAGAGUCCUCUGAAGAGGAGGAGGGGGAGGAGGAUAUAAUGGAGGACGGCAUGAGCGUGGAUAACGCUUCCGGCCAAGAGGAGGAAGAUGGAGGCACAUACGUUGAAGAUCCCUUUGGCCUGAACGAUGGAUUCUUCUCAAUCGACGACUUCAACAAACAAACCGAGCACUUUGAAAGGCUAGAUGCCAGGGGUGCAGGCAACGAUGACGACAGCGACGAAGAGGACAUUGACUGGCACGCCAACCCGUUGGCCAGCGGUAGCAUGGGCACCGUUCCUAACUCUUCGGCUUCAAAGAAACCACGCGGGUCAGACGAGAAUGACGAGAUGGACGAUGACAGCGAGGAGGAUGGUCCCACAUUCGGAAAUGCCGAUCUGAACGUGGACUCUGAUUCGGACGACGACGGCUUCGACGGAGAGGAUACGGGCAUGGGUGGAAUUGAAAAUGCCAAUGACAUCAAAUACGCCGAUUUCUUCGCCCCACCUGCUCGCAAGGCUUCUAAGAAAAAGAGCCGCGCGUUACCAAAGACACAGCCCUCUGCAGAAACGAUUCAGAACGACAUGGAACGGGCCAUGGCCGAUGUCCGUCGUGACCUCUUCGAUGAAGAGUCCGAGGGAGAGGGUGAAGACGAGGAGAUGGCCGAUGCCGAUGAGCCCAAGGGCCCACGCUCAACUCACGAGAAGCAGCGGGCACGAAUCGCCGAUGAAAUCCGCCGUCUCGAAGCGGCUAAUGUGGCCAAGAAGGAAUGGAUGGUUGCCGGUGAGGCCAGAGCCGUGGAGCGGCCAGUCAACUCGCUCAUUGAGGAAGAUCUGGACUUUGAGCGCGUGGGCAAGCCCGUUCCCGUGGUGACGCACGAAACCACAGAAGACAUUGAAGAGCUCGUCAAGCGCCGCAUCUUGGCCAAGGAGUUUGACGAAGUCGUCCGUCGACGACCGGGCGCCGCCGACCUGCAAUCCUCCCGUCGGGGACGUUUCGAGCUCGACGAUACUAAAGCGCAGCAGAGCUUGGCGGAGAUGUACGAGGCGGAUCAUUUGCGCGCGACGGAUGCCAACUACGUUGACCCGAAGAAUCAAAAGUUGAUGCGCGAACACGCAGAAGUCACUGAUCUCUGGAAGGAGAUUAGUUCCAAGCUGGAUCUCCUCUGCAACUUGAACUACAAGCCUCAGGCGCCUCAACCCAGCAUCAACGUGGUCACCGACGCUCCUACUAUCAUGAUGGAAGACGCCCGACCCACGGCUGGAGGCGCCGUGGCCGGUCCGUCGGGUCUGGCGCCUCAAGAGAUCUACAAGCCUGGCGACGACGGUCGGACUGCCGGCGAGAUCGUCCUCAAGACUGGUGCAGUCAUCUCCAAGGACGAGAUGACCCGCGAAGAAAAGGCCCGCAAGAGGAGGCAAAAGAAGAAUCAGAAGAAGGAGCCGCUGACCAUCCAGCCCUCGGGCAAGAAGGCCGAGAAGCAGCAGUUGGUAUCGGACCUGAAGAAGGGUGGUGUCAAGAUCAUCAACAAGGAGGGCCAGGUCACCGACAUGAGCGGCAGCAAGGUGGGCCCGAGCCAGAAGAACAGUGGAGAUACCCUCAAGUUAUAA